AUGCCUAGAAUCCAGGUGAUGGGCCCGAAACUGGCAAACACGGGCCCGGUGAGCUACCGCACGUGCUCAGAUGUGGAGAACGGCGCCGUUACGAAUAAGGUGCUUGUGACGAUUUCGCUUCCUCGGCUACGGCAGGUUGGAAGUGGUGAUAAUGAGAGGAACCAAGAAAGCCUUGAAAGCCAACAAAGUCUGAAAACGAAGCAAAGUCUUCCGAGUACGAUCAAGGCGUCAAACUCAGUGAAAGCCUCUGGAAAUCCGUCACCAGAAGGUCCACCUAAGCCAGACUCUCAAAACCUCAAUAACCACCAUCAAAACCAGAAUCCACCGCCACGUCCAGGCCCCGUGGCCCAGCUACAUCCGACCAUUGCUCCGCAGCUUCAGAACAUUCUGGAAAACACGCCGCUCUGGCCUCUUUCGGGGAACUUUGCUGUGAACGCUGCAAACGCUGCAGGUGCUAGAACAGCUCCUACACCUAAUGAGGUGCCUCCAACGAAUAAAGAGGCGCCUGCUACACAGAACGACGACUCAGAAUCAGAGCUAGAGGUCCUCGAGGUCCGCAUGCUACCGGCAAGGUCUAGACCGCAGCAGCUUCUAGACGAUGACGACUCGGAUCUUUCGUCUCUCGAUGACGAACUCAACAACGCCUUGUCUUCCACGACCACCAUGCCCACACAGGUGAUUUCGUCGCCGAAAAAGGAGCCGGAGCCUAAGAAAACGCCGUAUCAGCCGCCUCUACCCAUGCACAAGCUCCUUCCUACGCUAUACAAGCCCAUCAAGCUUCGAUCGUCGCCAGCGCCGCCUGGCUAUAGGAACAUUCCGCCAAAUUUGGUAUGUGCUAUACAAAGAGAGCUAAAUACGUUUUUUGACACCGGCGGCGACGACAAGGACGAUUUGGAGGUUGUAGGAAAGAUUGUGUUUUCGCUCAAGGAUCCGUACUCGGCCACGAAGAUAGCGCUUCCCGUGAAGGCCACGACGUGCCGUCAUUUUGAGUGUUUCGAUUUUGACAACUUCUGUACUUUUUCCAAAAUGCCCACGGGCGUUCGUCACCAUUUGAAGAAAACGCUCGUGCUGAAAAGCCACGACUCCAGACGCCUAGAGCAGCUUUUCCUCAAGCAGCAGAAGCUCAUUUCUGAAGGUGCUCUCCUGUUCAAGGCCCCUGGCCUCGUGUACCCGCUGUUUUCGGAACACGGCCAGAUGUUUUUCCUGGAAGUUUAUUGCCGGACGCCGCCCUUGUACAAAUGCCCUUUGUGUGACGAAAAGUUUGGUUUGAAGCAGCUCUACAUCAGCGACAUUUUCAAUUUCUUCGUGAAAACGACCCCUCGUAGCAUCAGCAAGAUCGAGUUGGUCGAGACUGACAGAUACAAAAUUAUAGACGAAGAUGCGCCUGUCAGAGAGGAAAGAACAGAAACGCCGGACGUGGUUGUUCUUUCAGAGGACGAGAGCGACGGGAGGUGA